AUGGCCUCUGGUUCAUCAACAGAUGCAGAUUCCACGAUCGCUGACGACGGUGUAAAGACCCUGGAUGUCAAGGAAUAUACAAACAAUGCAUCGAUCUCACCUACUACAGCGACAUGGCAUAUGGCACCUGAAUUGCGCCAGAUGCAGGAACGAGAUGAAGCUGAUGGAGCGAAGCCCAAAAUGCUUGGCGUGGCCUGGCAGAACCUUACUGUUACAGGUGUUGGUGGUGAUGUAACGUUCAAUGAGAACGUUCUCUCCCAGCUUUUCCCUUUUCACCAAAGUGGGAAAGGAAGCAAAAACAAGACCAUCAUCAACAAUUCGUUUGGAUGUGUCAAACCAGGGGAGAUGUUGCUCGUUCUAGGAAGGCCUGGAGCGGGUUGUACUAGCCUGCUAAACGUCCUCUCAAACAACCGCCGCGGCUACGAAGAAGUCACCGGAGAUGUUAGCUACGGCAGCAUGUCUGCUGUACAAGCCAAGCAAUACCGUGGCCAAAUUGUCAUGAACACCGAGGAGGAGAUCUUUUUCCCAACCCUGACCGUGGAAGAUACGAUCGACUUUGCCGCUCGCAUGAAAGUCCCUUACCAUCUACCACCGGGGGUUGCAACACACGAAGAAUAUGCCCAGUCCUAUAAGGAUUUCCUCCUACGCUCAGUUGGAAUUUCUCAUACGGCACAGACAAAGGUCGGCGAUGCCUUCAUCAGGGGUGUUUCGGGAGGAGAGAGGAAACGUGUCUCAAUUCUGGAGUGUCUCACUACCCGUGCCAGUGUCUUCUGUUGGGACAACUCGACCAGAGGCCUUGAUGCCAGCACAGCACUUGAAUGGAUCAAGGCCAUCAGGGUGAUGACGGAUAUCCUCGGGCUCAGUACGAUUGUCACCCUCUAUCAGGCGGGCAACGGGAUCUACGACCAUUUUGAUAAGGUAUUGGUUCUCGAUGAGGGAGAACAAAUCUUCUACGGACCUCAAAAGGAUGCUGUUCCCUUCAUGGAGAGCCUGGGCUUUAUGCUGGCUCCCGGUUCCAACCGGGGAGAUUUCUUAACGGGCGUGACAGUUCCUACUGAGCGCAUCAUUGCCCCUGGAUAUGAAGACAAGUUCCCACGAACCGCCAGCGAAAUCCGCGCUGCGUACGAACAGUCCCAAAUCAAGCCCAGGCUGCUGGUAGAGUCCCAGAGUUACCCAGCAAGCAGAGAGGCGGCUGAAAACACAACCGUGUUCAAAGAAAUGGUUGCGCGUGAAAAGCACAGCGGUGUGUCCGAGAAGUCUUCUGUCACUACUGGUUUAAUCACUCAAAUCAUUACCGCUGUAAUCAGGCAAUACCAGUUGAUGUGGGGUGACAAGGCGACUCUGAUCAUGAAACAAGGCGCUACAGUGAUUCAGGCACUUCUUGGUGGUUCUCUCUUCUAUUCGGCCCCUAGCAAUUCUAUCGGUCUUUUUAUCAAGGGCGGUGCCCUGUUCUUCUCCAUUCUUUACAAUGCCCUUAUCGCCCUAUCGGAGGUUACCGAUUCGUUCACAGGACGACCUAUUCUCGCCAAACACCGCGCGUUCGCAUUGUAUCAUCCAGCGGCUAUCUGCACUGCCCAGGUUGCUGCCGAUUUCCCAAUACUCUUGUUCCAGGUCACGCAUUUUGGCCUAAUACUAUAUUUCAUGGUUGGCCUCAAGACUACGGCAGCGGCAUUCUUCACUUAUUUAGUCACCAACUUCAUGACUGCCAUGUCCAUGACAGCUUUCUUUCGACUCAUUGGUGCCGCAUUCCCUACCUUCGACGCUGCAACCAAAGUCUCGGGUCUUUCGAUUGUAGCGCUGUUUGUCUACAUGGGAUAUAUGAUCAUCAAGCCUGUCAUGCAUCCGUGGUUUGUAUGGAUCUUUUGGAUCAACCCUAUGGCCUAUGGAUUUGAAGCUCUUCUUGGAAAUGAAUUCCAUGACCAGGUUAUUCCAUGUUACGGCCCCAACCUCAUCCCUAGCGGCCCUGGCUAUAUAGGUGAAGGUGGGCAAUCAUGUGCGGGUGUUGUCGGUGCGAUGCCUGGUGCCACGAGCCUGACUGGAGAUGAAUAUCUCGCGGCCAUGUCGUUUAGCCAUAGUCACGUAUGGCGUAACUUUGGAAUAAUCUGUGCCUGGUGGGUGCUCUUUGUUGCGCUCACCAUAUUUUUCACCUCGAGGUGGAAGCUACUUGGAGAAGGAGGCCGCAGCCUCCUGGUCCCGCGAGAGCUACAGCAUAAAUCGAAGCAUCUCUUGAAAGCCAGAGAUGAGGAAGGGCAACCCACGGAGAAAUCUGUCAUCAACGGAUCUGAUACAUCAGGGGGCAACCUCGAAUAUGACCUCCUCCGCAACAAGAGCGUAUUCACCUGGAAAAACCUGACUUACUCCGUCAAAACGCCUGAUGGGGACCGCGUCCUACUCAACAACGUUCAAGGUUAUGUCAAACCUGGUAUGCUCGGAGCUUUGAUGGGUUCCUCUGGUGCCGGUAAGACAACUCUGCUGGACGUUCUCGCACAACGUAAAACUUCGGGCACUAUUCAUGGAUCUGUCUUGGUGGAUGGGCGUCCCCUUCCAAUUUCCUUCCAACGGUCUGCUGGUUAUGUCGAACAGCUCGAUAUUCACGAGCCCCAUGCAACUGUCCGUGAGGCUCUCGAGUUCUCAGCACUACUGCGCCAACCUCGCGAGAUACCCGCCGAAGAAAAGUUGCGAUACGUGGAUACUAUUGUUGAUCUUCUCGAACUGAACGACUUGGAACACACCCUCAUUGGUCGACCAGGUGCUGGACUUUCAGUGGAGCAACGUAAACGUCUUACUAUUGGCGUUGAACUCGUGGCAAAGCCUAGUAUCUUGAUCUUCCUUGAUGAACCUACGUCAGGGCUUGAUGGUCAGGCUGCCUACAAUACCGUUCGCUUCCUACGCAAGCUCGCAGAAGCGGGCCAAGCUAUCCUCGUCACUAUUCAUCAACCGUCGGCACAGUUGUUUGCGCAAUUCGAUAAACUUUUGCUGCUGGCAGCCGGUGGAAAAACUGUGUACUUUGGGGAUAUUGGCCAGAAUGCGAACACUGUGAAGGAAUACUUUGGUCGCCACGGCGCACUUUGCCCUCCUGAAGUGAAUCCUGCUGAGUACAUUAUUGAUGUGGUGUCAGCAAAGGACACUCUUGAUUGGAACCAAGUCUGGUUAGAGUCCACUGAACAUGACAACGUCUCCAAGGAAUUGGAUGACAUGGUCAGCGAAGCUGCGGCUCGAUCCACAGGAGCGAACGAGGAUCCGCAUGAGUUUGCUACUUCGCUCUGGACCCAGUUCAAGCUCGUGACGCAUCGCAUGAACGUUUCUCUUUUCCGGAAUACGGAAUAUCUCAAUAACAAAUUCGCCAUGCAUAUCAGCCUAGCGCUGCUAAACGGCUUUACCUUUUGGAAAAUUGGAGACUCACUUGCCGAUCUGCAGCAAAACCUUUUCACUGUGUUCAACUUCAUCUUUGUCGCGCCAGGUGUGAUCUCUCAACUGCAGCCGCUCUUUAUUGACCGCCGAGACAUUUUCGAAGGACGAGAGAAGAAAAGCAAGAUGUACCACUGGGCACCCUUCGUGGGUGGUCUUAUAGUCUCGGAGUUUCCUUACUUGCUUGUCUGUGCGGUGUUGUAUUUCGUUUGCUGGUACUUCACCAGCGGCCUCCCUACCUCCGCUGAGCACGCUGGAAGUGUCUUUUUCGUUGCAGUAAUGUACGAGUGUCUUUACACCGGCAUCGGGCAGAUGAUUGCCGCCUACACACCGAACGCCGUGUUUGCGUCUCUAGUCAACCCUCUGGUGAUCACCACUCUCGUCUCUUUCUGCGGCGUGAUGAUCCCAUAUAGCCAAAUCGUAGCCUUCUGGCGAUACUGGAUGUACUACCUCGACCCCUUCAAUUAUCUCAUGAGUUCUCUGCUAGUGUUUACUACUUGGGACAAGCCCGUGCACUGCAAGCCCGAGGAGCUAGCUGUGUUUGAUCCCGCUACCAACCAAACCUGUGGUGAAUAUCUCGACGUUUACCAGCGUGGCAUGGGAAAGGGUACGAACCUUCUGAACCCAAAUGACACUCUAGGAUGCCGUGUCUGCCAAUACACUACCGGUCGAGAUUACCUCCAUACGCUGGAAUUGAAAGAAGAAUACUACGGAUGGAGGAAUGCGGGCAUUGUCGUUGUGUUUGUGGUCGGUAUCUACGGGCUCGUGUUCUUAAUGAUGAAGCUUCGGACCAAGGCCACCAAAAAGGCUGAGAACUAA